AUGUCAAGCGACGAGAACCAUGCUAGCUGGUGUGAUUAUACAGUUGGACUACGCUCUUUCCGCAUCUCGGCACACUUGACCCUUACCAUCCUCGCUUUGUUGCUGCUCGGCUUUUCUGCUGGUAAUGAAGAGAUGCCGCCUCUCAGAAUAGUGAGGGCUAGGCGAACUCCAAAUGGCUUCAAUGCACCACCUAGGGGAUGGAACUCCUGGGGGCUUCAAGCAAACCCAAACAUCAACCCAUCUUUUAAAUUCAACCAGGAGGGAGUCAUCGAGCAAGCGAAUGCCCUUUUGGACAAGAUUCCCUUGGGUAUUCUGACUUCCGGCGACUAUUACAUAUCCCUUGACUCCGGCUGGAGCGUCGGCGACCACGGCGACAAGCACGGGCGCAUUGUGUAUGACACUGAGAAGUUCGACAUUCCUGCCCUGGCUUCCUACCUGCACUCUAAAGGUCUGAAAUUGGGCGUUUAUAUCCUGCCAGGAGCUUUCUGUAAGGACAGCGACAAGAUCAUUCUCGGCACUGAUAUUGCUAUCAAGGCAACCUUGAGCGGAAACAACAACGGCUUUUCACGAUGCGACUUUGAUUUCUCGAAAGACGGAGUUCAGGAAUGGCAUGAUUCUGUGGUCGCGUUAUUUGCGUCUUGGUUCGCACCCACACACAGACCGUAG